AUCACCAGCUACCAAACCAAUAAGUCUACUGACUUGUUGGUCCAAUAUCCCUGUCAUGAACUGCACUAGCAAGAGAUGUAAGCUCUCUGUGACUUCAUUAUCCUCGCUAUAAGCAUGUCCCAACUGAACAAGUUCUUGCAGACACCCAAAUCCUGGAUCUUGUUCUUGAUCCAAGAGACCUGUAGACCUAAGGACUUCGCCUUAUUGCCAAAUGUAUCAAAAUUCCCCACUAGUUUCCAGAUACUUGUUGCUCCACGGUGACUGGAUAGUAGCUCUACCGAUUAUCCAGUCCAUGCAAGUCUUGAAAAGCCUUGGCUCAUUCCUGAAUUAAGAGUGAAACGGCUGAACAACCCUCCGCUGCACUUUGGAGCACUCUCAGCACCAGUAUACAGGAGUGAUCAGUUGCGAUCAUCAUGCUUGACAAAUCGAAACAUGCGUCCCAAGUGCGGAGGCUCUUGCGGAUCCUAGACGCAGAUGCGCUGAAAGCUACUGUAUCAACUGCGACGAAGGGCAAGGUUGAAGUGACUUCAGAGAUAGCGGCAAUAGACGUCAUCCUGAAAUACACACCUGACCUGGAGAAGUUGUUUUCUUAUCAGCGAAUAACAUCUGAUGUAUUGUUUAAGUACCUCAGCCAAUUACAAGUGAAAAAUAAAAAAAUAGAGUUGACAAGGAGAACAAAAAAGCAUGAAAUGGUUUCAAUCAUUAAAGGUAUCUGGAAAAAGAAUGCGGUUGAAUCACAAACACCAAAGAAGAAUAAGAAAGUGGAUGGAGCACAAAAAACAAAGAAGAUACAGGAGCAAAGAGGGAUUGAUAUGUAUUUUACAAAUUAUAUAGGUCAUUCAUUAUUUGGAGCAGAAGAUCUAUCUUCACCAAGCACAUCCACUUCAUAUGAGGAUAGCCACAACUAAUCUGGGGGGCCAUCAGGUUGCCGAGCACUGUGAAACGACCAGAAAUUGCCUCCUCCUCCCCCAACCUGUCCAGAUGAAUCAUCCUAGGGUUAUUGGACCGAGUUUUGAAGUGGACUCGGAGGUUAGCCACAACGAAUCUAUGGUCAGUUCCACAGAACUCGGCAUUCCUAUACACCCUGCAGUUCUGGAGGCUCUUCCAACAACUGCCAACGACGAUGUGGUUGAUCUCCUUGGCUGCAUUACCCACAUCGCUGUACCGAUGACGUAGGUCAGAGUGCUGAUACCAAAAGCCAGAAGUCCUCAGUUUCUGGGACCUUGCAAAAUCCCGGAAACGGAGGCUAUUCUCGCUGUUGGCACCAGCGCCCGAACCAAGGGGACCGAUAGACACCUCAUACUCAGCUCGAUCGCAGCCAAGUACCGCAUUGGAGUCGCCCAGCACAAUACAAAUAUCUCACUGAGGACAACUGUAUGACGCAGAUGCAAGUUUGGUGUAAAACAUCUAAUUUCACGUCGAGUUUACAAACAUCAGUAGGAGCGUCCACAGCAAUAAGAGACAAAGCCAAACGCAAGCUUCCGCAUCAAUACCAUUGAGUAACCUCUACUACCAAGGGCUGAAGUCUGCUGGAGUUGGCUAUGGCUACUCCCUGAAGAUGGCGACCAUCGCUGCGGCCUGACCAGUAAUAAGU